AUGGCGGCGGCGGCAACGGCGGUGGGUGUCAGGCUCCGGGACUGCUGCAGCCGGGGCGCCGUCCUGCUGCUCUUCUUCUCUCUGUCUCCUCGGCCUCCGGCCGUGGCUUCCUGGCUACUGGGACUGCGGCCCGAGGACACCGCGGGAGGCCGCGUGUCCCUGGAGGGGGGCACCCUGCGCGCGGCUGAAGGCACCAGUUUCCUUCUGCGCGUCUAUUUCCAGCCGGGGCCCGCGGCUCCCGCGGCGAGGAUCCCCGCACCCACCUUCUCCCCGGGGGAAAACGGUACCGGCGACUUGGCUCCACGUAUCGUGUUUAUCGAGGAACCCCCAGGCGGGAGCGGCGUGCCUCCCAGCGCAGUUCCCACGCGGCCCCCAGGGCCACAGCGCUGCCGCGAGCAGAGCGACUGGGCGUCGGACGUGGAGGUUUUGGGGCCCCUUCGCCCCGGAGGCGUGGCAGGCUCGGCCUUAGUCCAGGUGAGGGUGCGGGAGCUGCGCAAGGGCGAGGCGGAGCAGGGCAGCGCGGGCGGUGGCGGGAAGCUCUUUUCGCUGUGCGCCUGGGAUGGACGCGCUUGGCACCACCAUGGCGCAGCCGGCGGCUUCCUGCUGCGCGUCCGGCCCCGGCUUUACGGCCAGGGCGUUAACCUGCUGCCCCCCACGUGGCUGCGGGCACUUGGGGCGCUCCUGCUGCUCGCCCUGUCUGCCCUGUUCAGCGGCCUGCGCCUGAGCUUGCUCUCGCUGGACCCGGUCGAGUUACGGGUGCUGCGGAACAGCGGCUCGGCCACCGAGCAGGAGCAGGCGCGCCGCGUGCAGGCUGUGCGCAGCAGGGGGACCCAUCUGCUCUGCACUCUCCUCCUGGGCCAAGCCGGAGCCAACGCGGCCUUGGCCGGCUGGCUGUACGCCUCGCUGCCUCCGGGCGUAGGGGGCACCGGGGAAGACUACAGUGAGGCAGGGAUUCACUUCCCGUGGCUGCCCGCGUUGGUGUGCACUGGUGCCGUGUUCCUGGGCGCCGAGAUCUGCCCUUACUCGGUGUGUUCGCGCCAUGGGCUGGCCAUCGCCUCACACAGCGUAUGCCUGACCCGGCUCCUGAUGGCGGCUGCCUUCCCGGUGUGCUACCCGCUGGGCCGCUUGCUGGACUGGGCGCUGCGCCAAGAGAUCAGCACCUUCUACACGCGGGAGAAGCUGCUAGAGACGCUACGAGCCGCAGACCCCUACAACGACCUGGUGAAGGAGGAGCUCAACAUCAUUCAGGGUGCCCUGGAGUUGCGCACUAAGGUAGUGGAGGAGGUGCUGACCCCUCUCGGGGAUUGCUUCAUGCUGUGCUCCGACGCUGUGCUGGACUUCGCCACAGUCUCAGAGAUUCUGCGAAGCGGCUACACUCGCAUCCCAGUGUACGAGGGCGACCAGCGGCACAACAUUGUGGACAUUCUGUUUGUCAAGGAUUUGGCUUUUGUGGAUCCAGAUGACUGCACUCCGCUCCUCACCGUCACCCGCUUCUACAACCGACCCUUACACUGCGUCUUCAACGAUACCCGGCUGGACACGGUGCUUGAGGAAUUUAAGAAGGGAAAAUCUCACCUGGCCAUUGUCCAGCGAGUGAAUAACGAGGGGGAAGGGGACCCCUUCUAUGAGGUGAUGGGCAUCGUCACAUUGGAGGACAUCAUAGAGGAGAUCAUCAAGUCAGAAAUCCUGGAUGAAACUGAUCUCUACACCGACAACCGGAAAAAGCAGAGGGUCCCGCACCGGGAGAGGAAGCGACAUGACUUCUCCUUGUUCAGGCUUUCGGACUCAGAAAUGAGGGUGAAGAUCUCGCCGCAGCUUCUGCUAGCCACACACCGCUUCAUGGCUACAGAAGUGGAACCCUUUAAGUCUCUGUACCUUUCGGAGAAGAUCCUGCUCCGGCUCUUAAAACAUCCCAACGUGGUCCAGGAGCUGAAGUUUGAUGAGAAGAACAAGAAGGCCCCAGAACACUACCUCUAUCAGCGCAACCGCCCCGUGGACUUCUUUGUACUGCUUCUACAGGGCAAAGUGGAGGUGGAGGUUGGUAAGGAGGGCCUUCGCUUCGAGAAUGGAGCCUUCACCUACUACGGGGUCCCAGCCAUUAUGACCACUGCUUGCUCAGAUAACGACGUGCGGAAGGUUGGAAGUCUGGCGGGAUCCUCUGUCUUUCUAAACCGGUCCCCUUCUCGCUGCAGCGGGUUGAACCGCUGCGAGUCUCCGAACCGUGAGCGCAGCGACUUUGGGGGGAGCACCAGCCAGCUGUACAGCAGCAGCAACAACCUCUACACGCCCGACUACUCGGUCCACAUCCUCAGUGAUGUGCAGUUUGUCAAGAUCACACGACAACAAUACCAGAAUGCACUCACCGCCUGCCACAUGGACAGCUCACCCCAGUCCCCCGACAUGGAGGCCUUCACUGUGGGGGACUCCACCAAGACCCCAACUACCCAGGGCACACCCCAGACCCCCAAGGACGACGCUGCCAUCUCCCUCCUGAACGACAAGAACAGCCUGCCAUGCAGCCGCUCUGAUGGGCUGAGAGGCACCCGUGAGGUAGUGUACCUGAGGAUGGAGGAGAUGGCCUUCGCCCAGGAGGAAGUGGCCCACUUUGAGGAACAAGGCACGCAGCAACUCUCGCUGUCUCCCACGGCUGUUCCCCCAAGAGCAGCAUCAGGUAGUGAAUGUUAUAAUAUCACCUUGGACACCGAAGGUAGCCCCUGCAGUAGCGACUUGGAGGAAACUGUGGGCAAGAGGCUGCUGAGAACCUUGAGUGGUCGAAAAAAGAAGAGGUCACCAGAUGGGGAGAGAAACUCUGAGGAGAACUCCAAUUUAACACCUCUGAUCACAUGACGGGGCAGAAACAGCGUCCGCUGGGUGUGUGCGAGUGCUGAGCUUUGGGGAGAAGCGCCGUCCAUCGCCUGCUUC